AUGAAUGAAGAUAUCAAAACUUCUGAGAAAAAGAUACAUGAAUCAUCCGCAAAGGAAACUGAUGAAGUUACCAAUUCACAGUUUGUUAGAUUUGGGACUCAUAUUGAGAAUUCUAGUAAGAAGAGGGGGACGAGAAGUGCUUUGAAGAAGAGUCGGAAAAUGAAACACUCCCGAUCUAAUAGUGUUGAGUCAGAUAACGAUCUUGACACAAUGAUUGUAUCAUCCCCAUUAUUGACAUCAACGCCACCUACAAUUGCAAGAAGCCUCGCUAAACUAUACCCAUACCUAAUAGUGACGGAUAAAGCUCUCAGCCUGAUUACUUGGACCAAUGACGAAGCCUGGCCAAGCGUAGUACUAGUUUUCAUAUAUGUCUUAACGAUACUUCACUAUGAAACUUUUACGAAAUAUUUUGGCCAUCUGAUAGUCAUAGAGUCAUUGUGGCUUUACUCUCUUCUAGAUAAAUACGUUACAGAGCAGGUUUCUGCGUAUCCAACGCUAGAUGACAUUGUUCAUGUAAUGAACAGGGUAUCGUUAAAAGCAGAUAUGAUGCUGUCUCCUAUAAAUAUUUUAACUACCCAGGACAUCAGAAGAAUUUUAUUUACUAAUACUUUUUUUUCUUCCAAUUACAUCAUAAUAUCAUUCUUCAUAAUACCGCCGAUCAAAUUAUUACUCAUAUCAGGAGUUUUUGCUCUGACGUAUCAUUCGCCAUGGGCGAAACAUAUGAGAAGAAUUCUUUGGAGAUUCAGAGCAGUUCGACUUUUCAUCUUCUAUCUUACCGGGCUGGAUCUAGACGGCGUGAAUAAACAUCAAAGAAUAUUUUAUAACGUGGCCAAACAACUGCAAAAUAUGCCUACAAAAGGUAAUGGUAGUAAUACUGGGCUAAACAAAGUCAGAUUCACAUAUGUUUUGUAUGAAAAUCAGCGUAGAUGGUUGGGGAUAGGCUGGACAUCUACUUUAAUGGCUUACGAGAGAGCCCCAUGGACCGAUGAAUUUUUAAAUACUGUUCCAGAACCUGGCCUAUUUAAACUUCCUGAAGAUGAUUCAAAUAUGAGGUGGAGGUGGGUGGAUAAAACUUGGCGUCUUGAUAUGACUAAUGCGGGUGCUAUUCAAUUAUCUAGUUCGAAGGCAAAAACAACGGCAUCGCCAGAUGCAAAUGCAGCAUUUAUUUAUUUCGAUAAUACAUGGAAAAAGCCAACUACUGAGGAUACGUACACCAAAUACACCAGAAGGAGAAGGUGGAUACGAACAGCCGAAUUAAUAUGUCCAUCAGGUACUGUGCAGUCUGCUGAAUCUACGAGUUCUGUUACUUCAGUCAUAAGUAAGGAGCCCGGAGGUAAGAACUCGACAGAUGAUAGAGAAGGGGAUACGGUUCUGUUUGAAGAUAUGAGUGAUAAAAAAGAUAGAACAGAUAUUUCCUCCUUAUCCGGUGGUAAUAGGAAGAGAAAAGUUUCAUUCAGUAAUGUGAAGAACAUUCGUAUUAUCCCCUCUACUAACGAUGAAGAUGAACGAUAUGAAAAAGAAAAUAUACAAGAUGAAUCUGAGCCUUUUAAUGAAUUUAUUACACCAACUAGUGAAGAAAGUGGAACUAUUCAUGAGAGUAUAAGCAAAACUGAGGGUAGAACUUUAGAAGCGGCGAAAGAAAACUUACCAGAUGCACCUUUUGAGAAGGACGCCAAAAAGACCAAUGGCAAGGACAACGAAACUUUAAUAGAAAUGGCUGCUUCAAAAAAUGACAAUUUUAAAAAAGAUAAAACAAUUAUAGAAGUAAACGAUUACAAUAACAUUGAUAUCAAUAUGCAGUAA